AUGCCAGACGAUUGGGAGCGGUUGAAGCCCACAAUCAUCCAAUACUACUAUGAAGGCACUUGCAAGGAGAUGCGCAAGCGCAUGAAGCGCGAGCAUGGGUUCGAAAAUCAAUUCGAAGUUACCGUGCCCAUCUCAAGAGCUGGGACGUUCGCAAGUACCGCAAGCACCCGAAACUCGGAGUGCGGGCUGCGAGCCCUAGCUACGAGCACGAUUUCAAGCCCCAAUCCCCCGACGGUCUCUCUCAGAAUAGCCGCCUCGCCGAGCUCCCGAGUAGCCUGUACGAUGGGAGGCACGAAGGGCAAGCCACGUAAGCGGCCAUGGGCGAGGUUACUACGAGGACAGCAUGGACCGAACCAUGCCGUCCUAUCACCACUCACCGAACGACUACUACCGCGUCGAAACUCCCUCUACCGCCAAUCAGUCAUGGUACUCUGGGGGAGGAAGCUCCUCCACCGCCUCCACCGCGGUAUGGCCUCCCUCGCCUCAGAGGACCGAACACUAUCAGCUGCCGAGGACCCUUCCGGGGCCCGUUGA